AUGAAAUUAUCUACUACCUCCGCCGCAUUGAUCUUAGCAUUAACUGCAUCCAUUAACGCUGCUCCAGCCGGUACCCCAACCACCACCAGUCUUACCAAGAGGGAUGCUGAAAACAUCGGAAAGGCCAUUGCUUUAUUGAAUGACUAUAAUGCUAAGAGAGAAACUAGUCCAUCUUAUGCAUUGGCUGAAAGAGAUUAUCCAAUUGUCACCACUGUUUUAGGUUACAUUAAGGAUACUGAUCUUUCUUCAAAGAUUCUUUUAUACUUCGUUACCGAUGAUUUCUUCGCUCCAAUUGUCAAGAAGACUAUCAUUUCUCUUAUUAAGAAUGGUACCAUUAACUUGACUACUUUAUUCACUUCAUUGAACAAUUCAGGUUUGGCCGCUCAAGUUAUUGAGGAUCUUAUCAACGACUGUAACUUUUACGGUGAAAUUUACAAAUUAGCUGGUUCAUACAUCGGUGACUUAUUCGACAAGAUUAAGGACAAGAUUUCUAACAUUGGUAGUAGCAAGAGAGAAUCUCUUGAAGAAAGGGCAUUAACUACUGCUUCUCAAAUUCCAGACAGCGAAGAUGACAACUCAGUUCUUACUGAAUUAAUGGAAUCAUUAAAGAAAUCUGGUUUAGGUACUCAAGUUGUUGAAGAAUUAAUUGUCAACAAGGAAUUCUUAUCAUUCGGUGCUGAUUUAAUCAAGGAAAUGAUCGACCAAAAGGCCAUCACUUUAGGUGAAUUAGUCGAUGCUAUCAAAGAUUCCGGAUUAGUUCCAUCCUUAUUCAAGCAAUUCUUCACUCUUGACACCUUGAAGACUGUUACAGUUAAUGCUUUGGCUGCUGCUUUCAAUAAGUGUGAUGGUGAUAAUGCUACCGCUACUGUAAGUUCUGAUGUUGGUUCUGAAACUUCUGGUACAACCCCAACUAGUGGUACUUCUACUUCUACUUCUACUGGUGGAAGCACUAACCCAACCUGUAAGAAGAGAAAGAGAUCUUACUACUAG